AUGGUUACGUCCGUACACAAGAGAGGCUUCGACUGUCAAGUAUAUCAAGUAAACAUGGCGGCGACCACAAGUGAAACAAACAGCUCACGUUAUCCUUCCGAAAAAUCGGUUAAAGAGGCCUUAGAUAUGUUGAAACCUCCCGGAAUUUUAUCUAAGGUAGGUUUUACUAUAUUUUGUAUCAUAACUGAACACUAUUGUCAUUUUAUUCAACGAAUACUUUCAAUUAGAAUUCUACAAAUCAUUCCACGCGCGUCAGCUUCCAAUCGUUCUUUUUUUUUUCAGGCUUACAACCAGUUUCAGCUCAAACGAUACCAGGUAUGUUUUUUCUAUUCUUUGCACUUAGUUUACUUGCUGUGCUACAUGCUUUAGUGAUGUUAAAUAAUACGUUCUGCUUAGUAAUGUUUCGAUUCCAAUCACAAUAAAGAUUAUAAUUAUAUAGAUUAUGUGCCUAAAGCUUUUAUGAUCCUGCAUUUUCAUUCAGGGCUUUGUUUAAUAAGCUUUAAUUUCGAGGUAAUCUGUCUCUUUUGCUUUAGAUUUUAAGGCUAAAACUACUGGUAUUAUAUUGUAGUAUCUUAAAUUAGAUUUAUUAUGUUUAAAUAAUCUGAAUAUUCAAGGGGUAUAACUAGAAAAGCUUAGUUGCUGUGUUAUUACUAAACAUGGUAUCCAACUGCUUAGCUAACUCUAUGAGACAUACCUAAUGUGCCUUGCUGAGCAGCCAGAUUUGAUCAUUCUAUUAAUUUUGCCAUAUUUUUCCACCUUUUUUUUUACAUAUUCUGUCAACAAUGACUUAGACAUGACCUGCAGUCUCUUAUUUUUCUUUAAAGACAGUGGGGUAUGAUAGCUUGUGAUGCCCACCACAUGGGCAUCGGAGAUGAGUAACAAUGGCAUUGGCCAGAGAAGAUGAAAUAAGGGACCGUACUGGUUUUGUAUACAAAUUUUGCAGGCAGGCACCUGACCUCUAUGCCACUGUACUUUCAUUUUGUCAAUUCCCAAUGAUUUGGCACUCACAUGUAUUAAUUACCUUUUUGAAAACGAGUUUUGACAAAACUGUUUAUUAAAGCUAUUUGAAAAGGUAUUGGUAAUUAUUCCAAUGAAGUAAAUCCAAGGAUCAUUCAGUUUAGUUCUCUUAAAGCCUGGCAGUCAUGAGCAAGUCAGGCCUGAAAUUUUAGAAACUUCUAUUAACCCAUUCGCUCCUGGAGAUUUUGCCGAAAAACGCGUUUUGAAGCUAGUCGAGUGGUUUUCUGGUCACUGUCGUGCUAUAAAGAGCUAAAACUUACCACAAACCGCUUUACAGGUCGUGCACUUCAUUGCCUUCUGAUCCAGAUGCAAAAUAUCAGCUUGCGAAGUUCGGGCAUGCGCAGAAAGCAAAAUUUCGACAUAGUUUUUGGGUUUAAAGUGACACAGCAGUCUUGACUUUUACUUUUCGCUUUCUCUCCUCUCCUCUUUUUUUGCUUUUCUUGCCUCAUUUUUUUUUCUCUUGCUGGGCAUUUAGUAGGCUUCAUUUUGGUGAGAAUAGUUUAUAGGAAAGCUUUUAGGAUCUUAGGAUUAGGUGAAAGGAAGGUGGGCAAUGGAACAAGAUUUUCAUGGAGAUUUUCAGGUGAAUGUUACAUGGUUUUUUGCCUCUUUCUCCGGUGUCCUUGACUGAAUUGUGCUCAUUCUGGUAUGGUUUGAAAGAUCCCUUCACUCUACACAAGUUAGCGGGCAAAAUUGUCCUUGACCAUUAAAACUGAUGACGUCACAAAGGGUAGAAAGGACGUGGAUCCCCAUGGGCGGUUACGGGCGGUUCAGGGGCGAAUGGGUUAAUUGGUUCUCAGGAAAAAGACACCAAAAAUGUUGGUAUCUGUAGACUACAAUGCUUUAUAUGUGGCAAAAUUUUAAAAAGGAAAUUCUAAAGCUGAAGUAGAAGAUUCAAGAAGUAGGAGAAAAAUUGAAACCCAAACAACCUCCUGUGAGAUGGUGACAGUCAAUGUUAUCUGGAAUAACACACUGGAGAAAUUAAUUCUACACAAAAUAGAUGUGUGCCUGUGUGCAACGAAAAAUGAUCCUAAACCACUUUUGAGCUGAAUUGUUUAUAGAAGCCAAGUGUGCAAUUUGUACUCUGGUUGAAGCUGAUAUUUGGGGCAAGCCGAACUUUUCUUAGUGUUUGAAUAAUGUGGAUUAUAAAGUGGUCUUUUUCUUUCCUUGAGGGUAACAGAGCAACUCAAAAGAACUGCUACAUAGAAAAUACAUACAGGGAACUAAUUGAAAAUUUUUUUUUAGAGAAAUUCAUCCACUGCAUGGGUUCAAUUUAUUCCAGGUUACGUUGAAACGACAACGUCGAAACAGCGAAACGUAUGGUGUCUUUAAAAAAAGAGCAAGACCAGUUUGUUUUGAGUGUAAAUAUAUAUUUUUUAAUGUAACCAUUGCAUGGCAGGGUAGUGUUAACGAGGUGCUUAUUACAGGGACUAAAAGGGGGAUCUUGAUCCCGCAUUCCUGCUCCGUUUUCGGGACAAUCCCGAAUCCAGAACUUAGAAGUCAAAUCCCUUAUUCUGUCAAGAAAUCGAGUUUGCGUUUUCCCGAAUCCCGCACUGUUAAUUCCGGAUCCCGAGAGUACCCUUCCCGAGAGUAUCCUUCUUAAAUUUGUGAAAACUCAGUCAAGUGAUCACUCCAUAUAAAUAACGUGUUAAUUGCCGUACAGUGGUGAGAAUCAUUGUUGCGUAUCAUCCCUGCGUACAAUAAGCUUAUUAAACCUGCAGGUAUUGACUCUUUGUAGUACAAUGCGUGUUGCGUGGCAACGUUUAUUCAUCUUUCAUUUUAAAACAGUUCAAAACCAUUCAGAGCAGCUCAAAACAAACAGAAUCUCGAGUAGACGAAACCUUCUUAACGGUCGAUCUUUUUCAAAGUCAAACUGAGUUAACCAACAUGGGUGACUAUCCAGGCAGCGGAUAUAAAAUGUCAUCCUAUGGUCUUAAAACAUACAACCCUCAAGAAACUGUUGGUCAAUGGACCCAGUGUUGUAAGGUAGUCACUCAUUUGCGCUUACUUUGCAUCAUAGAAGCAACCGUAGUCAGACAAGUCAAUUUCGAUCUUGGCUUUUCGGUCUACUUAAGACUUCAGUCUUUGGUGUUGGCCUUAGUAGACCCAGUUUGCAGUCGUUCAAUAUUUUUCCCAGCCGUGGGAUUUGGUAAAUUACAUGUACAACCUUACUGAUUACAGUCGAAAAGAUUUUGUGGGCGCUUACGACAACCUUAAACUUCAAGGAGGCUAACUCGCCGAGAGUAGGUUUCGGACACAUCUACUUUUUGGAAGAGAAUUUAUUGCAUGUUCCUGCUUAUUUACGGUAUAUGAAAUUCCGUGUUGUCGCUAAAAGUUCUCCGUGUACUCUUAGUACGUACAGGUUAGAAACAAUGAAAAACUAUGAACAAGUGACCCCCAAAAGUUGUCACGGUUGCUUACGAGAAGUUCUACUAUUAGGCAUUUUACAAAGUUUGUGGCUUAUGAGAGGCGGUGGUUUACGAGAGGUGGUCGCACGUUGAGUUUCGACUGUAUUAACCAAAAGAACUUUUCUAACUUUGAACGUCCCGUGUAGCGUCUGUUCUUCCAAACCUAGCGGUCUAAAAACUUGUUCGUCCACGUAAGAUAAGUUGCAUGCACAGUUGAGCGCAUUUUGCUGUUUUAAUUACCAACUCUUUAUGCUGUUACUCUUUUCACUUCAGCGUGAGGAGGCAAUCAGAAAGAAUCACAUUGUUACUUCCGGCGGAGAUGGUGUUGCCAACACAUGGAAAGUGGAACGACCGAAGUCUUUGGCUCUGACUCAAGACACCAGUUAUUUUCUUGCAAAGACUUUAGUAUGUUAUUAUGUUUUCUUACCUGUUGCUUGGUUGUUGGGUGUCUUGCUGUGCGGAAUCUAAACAUUCAUGGAAUGAUUAUCACGAUUUUAGAUCAACGAUUUAAUGCAGAAUCUAAACAUUCAUGGAAUGAUUAUCACGAUUUUAGAUCCACAAUUUAAUGCGGAAUCUAAACAUUCAUGGAAUGAUUAUCACGAUCAACAAUUUAAUGCGGAAUCUUAACAUUCAUGGAAUGAUUAUCACGAUUUUAGAUCAACAAUUUAACGAGGUUUCAGUGCCUAUCGUUAUAGUUACCAUCUUGCUCAAUUCACGAAACGAAUUAUCACCUGUGAACGCAGGUGUAUUUCCGGUUGUAUCCGCUAACCCCCCCUCCGCUCCGUAUUUUUCGGUAGCCUGCUUCAAGCGUUCAGAUUAUGGAAUGUGGCGCGAAUUCAGAGAGUAGGGGAAAAUAGGGAGAGAGGAAGAGGGAGAUUUGAGGGAACCUUGGCUGAUUUUCCUGCUCACGUUUUUUGCGCAGUCCCCACAAUCUGAACGCCGAGGACAAGCUAUAUUUUUUCGGCACUUUUCAGGCGAAGCGAUCGACUUGAUAUUCAUUUCUGCAAAUCCUAUGUUUGAGUUGGAGCACCAAAAAAAGGAGUUUCUUCAUUGUUCUCUAUCAGUAAUAGACCUCUUGCGUAUAUUUUAAUGAUUUGGCUCUAAUAGACAAAAGAGAAAACUGCAAAAAUGUUUGAAAGAAAGUGACUCAUUGUACGUGCAAUUUGUUGUGUAAACUUCGUUAAAAAUUAAUAACUGUGUUUUUUCAUUAUAGCACGAAAAACCAUCCACAUACGACCGAAUAAAUCAUGUUGUUGAAGGAUACAACCAAAAAUUACAUCGAGACGACAGAGAACACGCCAAAUCUCGUGGUCUGAAAGUAAACAGCGAAGUGAGUAUUUUUUCCCGCCUUUUUUAGUUGAUCCUCGUCUUAUGGGAGACCUUCAGUACUAGGACUACAGCCCCUAGUUGUUCAAAAGGUGGAUAACGCUAUCCGCUGGAUAAAUCUCUAUCCACUGAAUAGCGCAUUUAGUUUCCCCAAUAUUUAUCCGCUGGAUAGUGAUUUAUCCGGUGGAGAGCGCUGUCCAAAGUUUUAACAACCCGGGCGAGGACUACAACAAAUUGAAUCCACUUUUUUUGUACUAGAAUUAUAAAUUGUUUAUGGGCAGGCUAUAGCUAAUUAGUGGGUGGACGUUGUCGUGGACAGCCUCGAACUGAGGGCGCUUUCAAAAAGUCAGAACUGGCCUUCCGAACCCUGGCUUUUUUACAAUUUUUCCCACCAAACCUAUGCACUUUUGCAUAUUAUUUAGGAAUUUACUGGUCUGGCUGUAUAGUUUUGAUCAAAAAUGAAACUCUUAUUACAACAGAAAUGGUCUGGCCGGCCAGUUCUGACAAAUGAAAAGCGCUCUAAGACUGGGAGGUUGUUUGCCAGUUUCAGACUGUGUCCACGCAAGUCCGUUGAGGGCGCAGUUCAAAGAUCUCUCAUACAGUCUAUGGGCCUGUUUACAUGGAGUGAGGGACCCCGGUCUAGUGGGGUUGGUUUCUUUUGUUUUCACGCUCUGGGGGACACAAAACAAAAGAAACUUACCCCACUAGACCGGGGUCCCCCACUCCAUGUAAACAGGGUCUAUCUCUUUCGCGGUCGCGUUAAAAUUGGGCUCGCGUUAAAAUUGGGCCUGUCGUCCGCCGGAAUCCUUAUUUACCAAGAAAAACAAUAAGAGAGCGUGGUCUCAGGUUAGAUGAAACAUGUAAGAUUUUCCUCGAAAAUAUUUGCUAAGGCAUUUAAUGGCAUACAUAUGCCAUGCGGUGAUGAUGAGAAUACAUAAGUAUACUGUCUUGAUUUCCUAUCUCUCUUCAGGAAACCAGGGUAGCGGUGCCGUCUCUAUCUUCAUCAGUGGUCGGCCAUCCUCAACGCAAUCCUCUAGAGUUUCCAGAUCGGCAACACGUCAGAGUAGAGAUUUGCAAGAAAGACUUUCUUAGACUUGGAGGAACUAAUAUUGGAGAUACAGACUGA